UUUCAUUCUCAGCUCAGAGUAGAAACAAUUUCAUUCUCUUUUUUGUUAUUCGUUUUGUUUUUUGGUUCCAAUUCCAUGUUAUUAUAAUUUCUUAUUAUUGUGAUUCCAUUUAUUCACCUGAUUCAUAUUCACUCAACCCACUUAACCCACAAAUGUGAUUCCAUUUCAAUCUCCACCCUAACGAAUCUCAACUCUCUCUCUCUCUCUCUCUCUCUCUCUACUUGAGACCUUAAGUUGAUUUUAAACCCUUGACCUAAUAUAUUGUUUUCUAUUCUUUCAAUUCUUGUUUAUCGUUUUCUUUUCUUCUUUUUUCUUUUAUUCUUUUAUUUCCUCUGUGGAUAAUCGAACAGAAAAUGAUCUUAUUCUAAGUGUUCUCCAAUCUUUUUGCUAUUUGGUGCUACAAGUAAUUCUCCGUUAAUCAAGUGGAGUAGAAAUUGACCAAACCGGUGAGACAUUUUUCUCAAUUAAAGCUUUUUCUUAAGUUCUCUUUUUGAUUGGAUUAAUUUCUCUCAUAUGCAUGGAGAACAUUUUUCUUACAAUCAUCAAGAUCUUCCUCUGAUUGGUUAUAAAUAUUAUCCAGAAAUAGCAUAUUGAACGAAACAAAAGUCCAAAUCUACAUAAUGUUAUUGAUGUUGUUAAUUAUGAUGCAACUCAAUUUGUAUUAGUUAAAAGAGGAGAAAAAAACGAAUUCAAAUGAAAACCAUGAUUAACAUGUUAAUCAUGAGCCUUCUGUUGAUACAUUGCAAAGAUUGUACAAAGAAAAGCAAAUUGAUAUAAGAAUAAGGCCAAAUCCUGUCUCCAUUCAUCAAUCAACAAGCAUAAUUUUCAUGUCUAAGAAACUUUUCCAAUUGUUUCAACACUAUUUUGCUGAUCGUAAGGAAAAUGCACUUUUUUAUCAUCUAAUGUGAAUUUAAUUGUUAUCAUCAACCCGUUAAUCAAAUUAUACAUACGCACAUACAUAUAUAUAUAUCACAAGAUUUUGAUAUUAAUUGUUAAUAGUUACCGUUACAAUUGUUAAAUUGUUUAUCUUUAACUCUACGAAUAGUUGAUAUCAGUAAUUAAAUUUGUUAAUUCGCACAAUGCAUGCAAAAGAAAAGCCAUACAAAAUAUGGAGUUGUGAUCGUGAAUUGCGAAAAGCUGUGAUCGCAAGUUCCUUGGAGGAAUUAAAAUCCAUUGGAGCUUCUAAAUUAGGUUAUUCAACUGAUAAUCCCAAUCAAUUGAAAAUUGUUCUUGAAUCUGAUGGAACUGAAGUAGAAGAUGAUCAAUAUUUUCAAUUAGCUGAUGAUGAGACGAUUUUUCUUCUUCUUCAAAAUGAUGAGAAAUGGAUUCCAGCGGGAGUUGAAGCUCUUAAAUCAGCAAUCUCUGAUUUUCCAGGGAAUGUCACUGUGGUUCUACAAUUGGAUAAUCGUGAUCCGGGAAUAUUACUAAAAAGAGGUGAACCUCCCUGGAAAUUGGAAGUUGUUUCCGUCACUGAUUCUAAAGGAAAUGUUGAUAAUCAAGCUCAAACUCAACAAUCAAAGGCUACAACUUCAUUAACAUCUAAUUCAAUUAAUUCUGGACCAUUAUCAUCACAUGUUUUAUUAUCAUCAGGAAUUUCUGGAACUGGAAUCUCAAUUUUACCUCGCUCAACCCUAAUGGUUCAAUCGAUUCAGCCAAAUGGUUUAAACUCAUCAUCACCUUUAUUAUUAUCAUCAUCAUCUCAUCAUCGUGCCAAUUUGACACUUGACGGCCUUAAACUACGAUCACUAUCUACCGAGAGUACUGAUAGGGGUCAGUCAACUGGUCAGAUAAAAUCGACAAGUAAAACAAUUACUACUACAGUUCGAAGUAAAAAAUGUAGUAAAAAAUUGAUUCCUGGUUUGGAAGAUGAUGUUGAAGAUGUUGGUGAUCAGGGAAAUGACGAUGAUGAUGAUGAUGAAGAUGAAGAUGAUCUCAUGGUCGGUGAGGUUUUGGGUAAAGAAAAUGAGGAAGAUAUGUCCGAGGAAAGUGGUCAAGGUGAUGUGACAAUUAUCCAAGGUGAAAUUAGUCCGAAUCACGAUCAUUCUCAGUGUGAUUUUCAUUGUGCCGCUUUACAUCGAGACGGAGGUGAAAUAAGAGUUAGUCGUUCGGUGGCAACAUCACCGAUAACAGAAUCUCCUAUUCCGAAUGGCCUGUUAUCAUCAUCACCGGUCUCAAUUAAUGUUCCAAUAAUUACUGGUCCUCAUUUGAUUACUUCGGGAAAACCUCGGCAAACAAUUAAAGGUCAUGUACGUUUCAUGGACACUGAUUAUACCCAUAAUGGAGGAUUAAUUAAUCAAUCAAGCAAAGAAUCAAACAAAUCACAGCCUAACACUGCCAAUAAUUUAAACUCAUCAACAUUGAGCUCAAAUAAUAAUAAAAACGCUUAUCAAUCAGUGAAAAAAUCAACAAAUUCACAAGUAUCAACACCGACAACAAAUGGAAAUGGUUCAGACUCGGAAACGGAAACAACGGAAAGAGAUGAUGAACAAUUAAGUGAACGUUAUUUACUACUAGUUGAUCAAUUAACAGUUAAACAAGAUCGUCACCUUAAUCUGAAAGAUAUUGGAAUCAUCUUGGAACGCCUUAGCUCUAGAAUAAUUGAUGUGGAUAAAUUGGAGAGAGAAAAAGAAGGAGCUGAUUGUUACAAUUGGAUAAUUAAGGCAACAAUUAGAGGUGAAGUUCUUCGGGAAAUUGGAGUGAUUUACAAUGGUCACUACUAUGGAAUCAUGGAGCAUCCUGGCUAUUUUUAGUGAGAAAACAAACCGAACAAUAACAAUUUAACUCCAAAUCGAAUUAGUUAAAUGAAAUUUGAAUUUCGUAUACACGAAUCAAGAUUAUAAAUUGUUGACCAGAAUGAUUAUCGACAAUUUGAAAUGGAUUCUUAUUUAAUUAAUAUGAUUGUUAUUCCAAAUGAAUGAAAUAAUUUUGUGAUGAAACAAAUUACAACAAGGAAAAAAAGUUACAAUUUAAACUGCAAAGUUAUCAACAAAUUAAGCUAAUUUAAAGUUGAUUAUAUUGAUCAACAAGUUUACUAGGAAAAACCAAACAAACUAAAUUACUGCCAAAUUAUAAUGUUAUUAAUUGUUACUGAUUAUAAUUGAAUAAUUAACCUGAUUUUUGCCAUGAAAACGGAUUGAGAAUUCAAAGAAUCAAAGCCUGAUCAUUGUUCAAAAUCUUCCUCACAAUUAAUUAACUAUCAUCAUCAUAAUUGUUAAAUCUUCUUCUUCUUCUUCCUCUGUUUUCUUACCUUUUAUUUUAAUUAUAAUCAACUAACUAGUUAUAAUUGUUAUCAUUUGAAAAAACAAUCAGUCUUUUCUCAAUGAUUAGAUUUUUGUUUUUCUUUGAGUAAAAAAAGUUCAUUUUUAUUUGUAAGUUUAAUUCAUUGAUUAUUAGAAAUUAACCGAAUUGUUAAACAUUAAAUAAAACGAAACGAAACUGG